AAUGGCGGUAUAUAUCUGAAUAUUUUAAUGUAGCUGUAGAGAGAAAGUGAAGAAGGCUGGUUAGGGGUAGAGAGAGAAACAGAAUCAUAGAGAGAGGGAGAGAGGGCUGCUGUUCUUGGUGAAGAAGCAAGGCAGGCAGCGAAAAUCAAAUUUGAACAUGGAGACGCGAGCCAUCGCCAUUUCUGCAGCAGCAGGAGCUAGAAAAGUGACCUUCUCCAUCAUCUUCCUUUUCCUGCUUCUUAUUCUUCUGCUCUUCAUCCUUUAAUUCCCCUGCUCCGAUUAGGUUUCUUUUCCACCUGACGGAGAUUUCUAAACACACGUAGAUGAAACUUGCUCACAUCUUUUUAUCCAUUGAAUCUAAUUUACCUAAUAAUUGCAUUGAAUUGCUGAGUUCUAGAACUUUCCGGAUUGUACUGAGUUGGUGGAUGUGCUUUUGCUUUUUUACUGUUUGAUCGGGGACAGCUAAUUUGAUUUAGGGUUUCUGGUUUUUUUGUUGGUCUGAGCUCUGGAUCUUGAGUAGCUUUUGAUUAAAUGAUCAGUUUAGGAAUCGAAUUGUUGAUGAUGAUGAUUCUAGGAUAGGUUAAACUCUAUUUCGAGAGUUUGGGGAUUCAUAAUACCCUUUAGAUUUGCUGUUGUUGUAUUAUUGCAUUUUCUCUUGUAUAGUUAUACAGCCUGAGGUGUAUAUUUUCGAAUUUUCCUUCCCCUUGUAUGAAUCUAGGGGCAGCUUUGAUGUUGUUUCCUUUGCUGGUAAAAUCCACUUUGAUUUUAUAGAGGAUUUAAAGGAAAAAAAAAAGAAAAAAAAAAGGAUAAAGAGCCCACUGUUUUUGUUGUGGGUUUUGAUAGUUUCAGCUUAAAUCAGUCUUUCGAAAUUGAGAAUUGUUCUUUGUUGGAAAUUGGAAUAGAAGAAGAGGGAAGAGCAGCAGCUAUAUUUCCGGCUUUAAUGUAUUGUGGUAUUUUUCUUGUCUGCGGGAAUGCACGAUAGUUCUUUGCUGCAGGCAUUGAGAUCUUGUUUGUCUUGGGGAAAUUUCGAUUCAUCUUCUCCAUUCUUUCGAUUUGAGAUGGUGGAUGGCAAUUGCAGUGUGUGUUGCAGUUGCAAGAAGAGCCUAUUAAAAUAUUGUCUCAAAUAUGAGUGUCAAAGCUGCGGAAAGCUGAUGUGUGGGAGCUGUAUUCAAGGACUUGCGCAGUUUGUUGGAGUUGAAUCCGCUUUAAUGGAGACUAACAUGGCGGCUACUAGCAUUAAAUCGUGCAAUCUCUGUUUUGAACUCAGUCCAUUGAGUAAAAGUGGUAAGGUUCAUCCCUCGGAUUCGCCAAGACAAUUAUCUGAGUCACCAUCACCAAAUAUUAGUGGUGAGAGAUUUGGUGCUCAUUCUCAGCAUGAAUGUACCAGAAAUAGUGAUGUAUCGGUAUCGAACCCUUCUUCUCCGCCAUCUGUACAUUGUUCGCCAACCAGGAGCAGUAGAGAUGAGGAAGAGGAUGCCUCCGGUCACUUCUUCAUUGCACAAGGCGAAUGCCUUAACAGUUCUUUUGAUGUAGAUUCAUGUAGUGCUAGUGCUGACCAUGAAUUCUGUAGUAGUUUCAUGUCUGUAGGGUCAAGCCUGUCGAACAGCCCCUCUAGGCUCGAUGAAUCCAUUAGAGCUGGGCAUUAUGUACAGGUAAAGGAAGUGGGAACCGAACGGUCUCAAAAUGAUAGUCCCUGUGACCAAGAGCAAGCUGUUUUAGAAAGGCCUGCUAAAGAGACUUGCAGUGCAGAUAAUACUAACAACUGGUCCGAACAUCAACAUAAGCAUGGAAACUUCCCGAAACUAUUGGAUUUCGAAAGGAAUGGUCUUAUUUGGUUACCCCCUCCACCAAGUGAUGUGCACAAUGAAGUGGAGAAGAGCAUAUUCACCUAUGAUGACGAAGAUGAUGAAAUUGGGGAUUCUAGCCUCAUGUUUUGCCCUUCUUCUCUUGAUAAUGUAUUCUUAUCCAAACAAGAGCACUUCAAUUCCCGGGAAGUAUGGAAAACUAUGGUAGAGGGACAUUUUAGAGCUCUUGUUUCGCAGCUUUUUGAAGGGCACGGCUUAAUUGCUGCUGAAGGUAACUGCACCGAAAACUGGCUUGACAUAAUAACAGCUUUGGCAUGGCAAGCUGUAAAUUACAUAAAGCCGGAUAGAAGCAAAGGCAGCAGCAUGGAUCCAUGUGACUAUUUAAAAAUCAAAUGUGUAGCUUCAGGACAAUCUAGCGAGAGCUCAUUUAUCAAAGGAAUUGUUUGUACAAAGAACAUAAAACAUAAGCGCAUGACGUCGCAAUACAAAAAUGCUCGGCUGCUUCUAUUAGGAGGAGCCCUCGAGCACCAAAGAGUUUCCAAUAAGCUGUCAUCUUUCGAAACAUUACUUCAACAGGAAAAUGAUCAUCUUAAGACUAUUGUUUCAAAGAUAGAGGCUCAUCGUCCGAAUGUUCUGCUCGUGGAAAAAAGCGUAUCCUCAUUUGCUUUGGAGCUUCUCUUAGAAAAAGAGAUCUCUUUAGUUUUAAAUGUUAAGAGACCACUUUUGGAAAGAAUAGCUCAAUGUAGUGGUGCUACUAUAGCUCUUUCGACCGAUCACAUAUCCACGACUAGGUUGGGGUACUGCGAGCUCUUUCACCUCGAGAAAUUUUCCGAAGAGCAUGAACCGGUUAAUCAGUUCAAUAAAAAGCCAUCGAAAACCUUGAUGUUCUUCGAGGGGUGUCCUCGGCGCCUUGGUUGUACGAUUGUAUUGCGAGGCUGUAAUCGCGAAGAACUUAAGAAGGUCAAACAUGUAGCUCAAUAUGCUGUCUUCGCUGCAUAUCACUUGUUGCUAGAGACCUCUUUUCUGGCAGACGAGGGUGCUAGUCUUCCAAUGCCAGCUGCAAAAUUUCCGUUUGUCUUUACAGAGAAGAUGGUCCCCGAAAAGUCCAUCACCAUAAUCCCCAAUUCUGAAGUAAUUUCCCAUUGCAAGGAAGAAAUUCAAAUAUCUGAUAUUGAGAUUAUACCAACUGAUCGUAGUUUGGAGCUCGGAUUGCAGGAAUCUCUGUCUGAGCCUGGCGACGAUAAUUAUGAUCAUGUUACUUUGACUGAUAAGUUCAGAUACAGAGAUGUCCUGUCUGAGGCUUGUGAUGAAAAUUUGGCAUCGGAUUUGAUGCUUGAUGAAAUGAAGAAAACUUGUGCAAGCAUCGAAACGGAGAUACGGGCUGAAUUAGAUACGAAUACCGUAAAGUUUGAUAAUCCUGAAUCCCCCAGUGAAUCCAUGCCGUCUAACGACAGUCGUCAGAGCAUAUUAGUUUCUUUCACCAGCCACCAUAUGGUGAAUGGAACUUCAUGUGAACGAUCCCGCCUCCUUCGGUUGAAGUUUUACGGCACUUCCGAUAAACCACUAGGAAGAUACCUCCGUGAUCUGUUUGAUCGGUCGUUCUUGUGUCUAUCCUGCAAGGAAUCAGCUGAAGCCCACGUCUUAUGUUAUACUCAUCAGCAUGGAAAUCUUACGAUUAAUGUUCGGCACCUGCCUACUGUUAAGCUUCCUGGGGAACAUGACGGCAAAAUAUGGAUGUGGCACAGAUGCCUCCGAUGUGCACAUGUUGAAGGAGUUCCACCAGCCACUCAGAGAGUGGUUAUGUCGAAUGCUGCCUGGGGGCUUUCUUUCGGUAAGUUUCUUGAACUGGGCUUUUCAAAUCAAGCGACAGGAAACCGUGUUGCAAGCUGCGGUCAUUCGUUGCAGAGGGACUGCCUUAGAUUUUACGGGUUCGGCAGUAUGGUUGCUCUCUUUCGGUAUUCUCCAAUUAGCGUCUUGUCUGUUCAUUUGCCCCCUUCUGUUCUCGAAUCAAGCGGUCCUCAAGAACAAAGAUGGAUAGCGAAAGAAGCACUUGAGGUUUUGCGCCAAGCCAAAGCCUUAUACGAUGAAAUAUCAGGGAUGCUCGAGAAAUUCAAACUGAAGACUGUAACUUCUAAGGACGAUUUUUCUGAUUCGACCAAAUUGCACAAUCAUGUCUUGGAGCUAAUUGAUACACUUUCUGAAAAAUGGAGAUAUUACAAAGAUUUGCUUCAUUCAGCUGAUGAAGAGAGCCAAGAACAGGACCAUGCUGCUCUCGACAUCUUUGAAAUAAAUCAUCUGCGACAUUCACUUCUAAUGGAUUCUCAAGUUUGGGAACGGCGCCUAUAUUCACUUGGCUCGCUCAUUAAACGAACUUCUCUUCCAAACGCUACUGAUUUGAAAGAUUCUGAUGCUCGAGGAGACAUCGGUAGCGUAGUAAGGAAUGAGCCUGGUUUUCAAGAACAGUGUUCGCCGCCUCGACACAGAAAUAACGACGGAGAAUAUGAAAUUCCCGAGAAUGAUGGAAAUGUUGGAUCUUUAUGUCGGCAUUCUUCAGCUGCAUCAAUCCUUCCGGAACAUAUCGAUUCUGCGUGGUCUGGCGCUGAUCAGGCACCACCCGAAGCUGACCGGCGUGAUGGGCAAGAAAUCGAUGCCAGAAGACACAGUCCAACUUUUCGAAAAUUAAGGGCGCCGGCUAGAGUUUAUUCUUUCGAUUCUGCUCAGACGCUUCAAGAGAGAAUAACGAGAGGACUACCUCCUGGAAGCUAUCGGAACAUGCUCCGGGAUCCUCUUUCGAAUCUACAUCGAUCUUGCUCCCAAUUUUCGACUUAUGAUGCCGACAAGUUGAUCGGUUCUUCGGGUUCUUCCUUAAUUUCCUCUACGCCUCUUGUUCCGGAAGGUGCGAGGUUGAUCGUUUCGCAAAAUGGCCAAGACGAUAUCGCUCUUAUCGUCUACGAUAACGAGCCGACCAGCGUAAUCGCAUAUGCCCUUUGUUCGAGAGAGUACGACGACUGGGUCUCAGAUACGCCGAAUGGGCUCGAAAGAGGAUCGAGCGUCGGGUUUCCCGACAAGAUGAAUUCACUAGCUUCUGAUCUUUCAGCUUUCACAUCAUUCGGUUCGUUGGAUUUAAGCCACGUCAACUUCGGAAGUUAUAGCUCAGAAGAUACUUUCCCGACGAAAAGUUUCCUUGCUGCAGAGCAAGGCAACACCCCUCAUCUCCGGGUCUCUUUCGACGACGAAUCGUCUUGCGGCGGCGGCGGAAAGACGAAGUUCUCGGUCACUUGUUACUUUGCGAAGCAAUUCGAUGAUCUCCAGAAGCGAUGUUGCCCGAGCGUAAUGGAAUUUAUACAUUCCUUGAGCCGAUGCAAGAGGUGGAUUGCUCAAGGCGGGAAAAGCAACGUCUAUUUUGCGAAAUCUUUCGACGAUCGGUUCAUAAUUAAACAGCUGACAAAGACGGAAUUGGAUUCGUUCGAAGAAUUCGCUCCGGAAUACUUCAAGUAUUUGACAGAGGCUCUUAGCUCCGGCAGUCCGACGUGCCUCGCCAAAAUCCUCGGCGUAUAUCAGGUUAAUGUGAAAAGCAUGAAAAGUGGGGGGAAGGAAGUGAGGAUGGAUUUAAUGGUUAUGGAGAAUCUCUUCUUCAAGAGAAGUAUAUCGAAAGUUUACGAUCUGAAAGGCUCGGCGCGAUCCCGUUACAAUUCAGACACAACGGGGGCGAACAAAGUUCUGCUCGACGCAAAUCUCUUACAAACACUGCAAAAAAAUCCAAUCUUUCUCGGGAGCAAAGCGAAACGAAGGCUCGAGAGGGCCAUAUGGAACGAUACGUCGUUCUUAGCAGCGGUGGAUGUAAUGGAUUACUCGUUGCUGGUGGGCGAGGAUGUUGAGAGGAAGGAAUUGGUGGUCGGGAUUAUCGAUUACAUGCGACAGUAUACGUGGGACAAACAGCUCGAGACGUGGGUGAAGGCGUCGGGGAUUCUCGGAGGGCCGAAGAACGCGUCGCCGACGAUCGUUUCGCCGAAACAGUACAAGAAAAGGUUCAGGAAGGCGAUGACAGCAUACUUUCUUACAGUCCCAGAUCAGUUGGAUUAAUGGAAAAAAUGUAAUGAAGAUGUAUGUUUGUUUAUGUUUUGUUAUGAAAAUUUGUUGGUCUAAAAGAUAUGAAGAAAUAAAAUAAGGAUGUAAAAGAAUAUAUAGAUAGAGUGGUAAGUGUAACGACUCGGAAGAAUCUUUAGGUGGUGGUAUUGGUAGUUACUACGUU